GUAUACACAACACAAGGUCAUCGGUUUAAUGCCUAAUGUCGGUUUGUUCGGCCGAGUUCGAGAGAGACUGCAAGAUAAGAACUGAGCAGUGUAAACGUCUCUUCUUCGAAUGAAGUGACUAAUUGGCUACUAUGAGUAUGAGGAAACAGUUCAAAGUGUAGGAGAAAUGGCGGAGAAAUUAUAGGAAACACAACCACAAAGGCACAAUUGCACCUUGGACAGUUGGAGCAAAAAUCGUUGGGUUAGUUAGUCCAUCGGCAUCGAGCAUCGAGCAGCUGCCGAGAUACUACUGCAGCGGCUCACACGAAGAUAGCCGGAGAAGUGCAGCGUAUGUGACGAGCCUACAUGUAUUUGGCUCCUACAUGUAUCUUGUUUUCUGAACACCAUGGGCUGAUGUACAUGUAUCAAAAGACUCUUCUGGUAAAGUCUAUCAGUAUCACAACUUCAUCGGUAGAUUAGCUGCAUCUUACUCUGAUUGUCAUCUCAAGAUUGAGUAGAAGUUAAAGAGGGAUUUACAACAAAGAUUUACAACUGAGUGCUGCACAACAGGAAACAGGAGUUGAUAGGAGUGUGUUGAUUUCCGAGAUACAGGCAUGGCUUACAGCAGCCAUUUAAUUAAAGCUGUAACUACUGCUAAGGACCCGAUGAGCUGCAUCGUUAGUGCCUUGCCUCUCAGCAGUAAGAAGGCCAUCUUUACACCAUUCUCCAGGGUGACUACCACUGAUAAGAAGCCGUGUAUCAGAGAUAUCCUCUACAAGAACCUUGGUUCAACUUCAGCAAACUAUUUUGCAGAUCAAUUAAGCUGGAGUAACAUCCCAGACGUGGCGCUGAUCAAGAUCUACAAGAACCUGUCAUUCUUAGACAGAGCAAGGGCAUCGAGCGUCUGCAAACACUGGCAUUACAUCUACAAGCUGCCUGAACUCUGGCACAAAUUUGAGUUUGAAUUUACUCAAGAGUCGACGUCUUACAUCAAGUCUACUCCACCCAGACUUGUGAAGCAGGUCAUUCAACAGUAUGCCAAGCACCUCAAAUAUGUCACCAUUAAAGUAGAUAGCCACCAGGCCUCGGCUGAAGCAGCAUGUGAUAUCCUGUCCCAGCUGGUCAACUGUUCUCUCAAGACCUUAGAAUUGAUGUUAACUGCUAGACCUAGCUUUCACUUGGUCAAUCCGGUCAAGCUUCUAACUCCAUUGACGGUGGUACUGGUCAACUCACCUACUCUGUCCUCUCUAGCCCUGGAUGAAACACCUGUAGAUGACCCAUGGCUUGAGAACAUGGCCGUCUCAAACAAGGACUCCCUCAUGCUGCUGAAGAUAGCCAGUUGUCCACUUGUCUCCUCCAAAGGCAUGCUACAUGUUGCAGACACAUGUAGACAGCUGCAUGAGCUGAGCAUAAACUACAUACAUCUGAGUGACAGCUUACUCCUGGCUCUAUCCCGAGAGGAACAUGUCAAGCUCAAACACCUAUGUGUUAACGUGAUCUGUGAGAACAAUGACACACCAAUGCAACAUCAUGUCAUCAAGAAAGAAAGCUGGGACGCCCUAUCCAAGCAUUCCCCAAGCACCAUUGUCUCAAUGCGCUUCUACGUGCUUCAUGACACAGACUUCCAACCCUUUUUCACCUACGUAACACCCGCCACGCACGUGUACUUUGGACGGUCUGUAUCCAGAGACAUCCUGAUUCGCAUGGGACAGAACUGCCCUAAGCUCCAGGAGCUGGUCAUCUGUGCCAGCGGUAAUAUCCUUCUUGAUGAACCCAUCAUGACCAUAGCUAGUCAAUGUAAGGAGCUUCAUUCCCUUGGUCUAGGUGAGUGUGAGGUGUCCUGUUCAUGUCUGGUCAAGGUUGCAAGGCUCUGUGGUGAGAGGCUGGCAGAGUUCUUUGUCAGAGAAGAAGUGGUCUUAGAAGAUGAUGAAUACGAUCUGGACACAAUGACAAGUGAGGUGUGUCAGUACCUGGGCAGGACCUGGAGUGCAGAGUGCAUGCCAUUCUGGAAUGAAUAAACUGUAAAUAGAAGUUUGCCUGCACCUUGUAAAAUUGGAAUAAGAGAUGACAUAAAUAUAUAUGAUUGCAGGCAGACUCACCUGUAGGUGGCAUAGAUCUGCCAUUCUUGAAUGGCAAGAUUAACUUCAAGAACGUACUAGAGGUAUGUUGUGUAAAUGAACUGGUUAUUCUUAAGUAGACAACAAGUAGUGUAUAGAUCAGACCUUAUCUAGGUGUCAUGAUUUUUAUCUUCAGUAUCACAUGAGAUUCUUUUGUCAUGAUCUUGUUUUAUACUAAAGCAAAGAUACAUGUACAAGGAUGUUCUAAAGAAUUGAAAUUGUGUAUAUUUGAGGGGAUAAAUCAUCCCCACUGCCCAAGCAAAUUGAUCAGCAUAUUGUAUGGGCUCAUACUUGUGUAUAAUUUCAAGAGGGGACAUAAAGCUACAAGUUGGGAAAAGAUUGAUAUUUUAUAUGCUAUAUAAAAAGGCAAGUCCUAGCAUGACUAAAUUUUGUAUAUAUUCAUGAAAUUAUGUCAUCCUAGUAUGAAUCAAUGUUCAUAUAAUUAUGCCAUUCUGUACAGAAAUACAUAUGUGAUAAUGGUUAUUAUAAAUAUAUUUUGACUGUGCAAUUAUUGGAAAGUUCCAUAAAUUCUGUUAUUGAACAUCUCUUAAUCUGCUCUUAUGAUCACAAGGGAUGACGUCACACUACAUAUAAUAUUUAUUCUUUACCUGACAUUUGUACAUGUAAUUCAUGUGUAGAGCUGUCCAAAGUUUUCUAACAAUACUAUCAUAUGCUUGUACUUGUAAGUUGUUUGCCAUGACUGCAUAGUGCAUACUCUAUGAAAUAAGUUUUAAUAUCAAAAUGGAUCAGGAAAGAAUGGGUAGUACGAUGGACUGCGAUGGAGGCUAAUUGUGUUUACUCUCAUGAGUUAUGCUUACUUUCCCCUCUUUUCUUUCUGAUUGUCCUAAAGGCUGUCAGGUUAGUGUAGACUUAAAAGGUCUUGGGGGUUAACAGAAGCUAACAAAUUAUGUCUGAAAUUUGCUUUUAAAAGAUAUGUGUUCGUUAAAGGCAUUGUUUAAUUGUUCGCGGCUCUGAGAGUUUUCAGAACGUUGCCAUUGUUUCGCACGGCCCGUUCUGUGACGUAUCGCAUGGAUUCGACCGCUAUUGCGUACGUACGUUUCCAAGCUAUAAACUUAAAAAAUGAUCACUACAAAUCACAUUCUUUUUCCUGUCAUACUUGUACAUUUUGUCCAGAAAUUUCUCCACCUAAACAAUUUCCCCUCGGUUUUUGAGGAACAAUAAUUCCAACCAAAUACUUGGCAGUACACCAUGUUAGAUGUGUAUUGCGUAUAACGCGCCAACCAUCAGUUCUCCUUACGAUACGUCACGUCGUUAAUAUGGCGAAGUAGGGUCUCUUUACUGUACUUGCAAGAUGAUAUUAUUUGGCGUACAGUAAUGCUUUUUAUAUCAAACGAAACGUUGUUUUACUCUAUGACAUUAUAGUACUUCAUAGUCGAGAGGUUAAUUCCCCUUUAAUAAAAGCAGAAAAAAAGAGAGAAACAAAUUAGUGAAAGUUGGAGGCUUCGAGCAAUAUCCGAAAAAAGUAGGAAAGUUAUGAAUUUUUAAAAGUUGUCAUCAGUGUAACAAAGUUUUCAUAAACUAUCGUUUUCUUAGUUAUUGUUUCAUACAUGUGUUGUAUAAAAACAUAUUUGUGAUAAUUAUAUCUAGGGUGAAUGUAUGUUUGAAAAUUUUCUAAAGGGAAAAUAUUAAUUUUUGAAUUUAUUCAGUACAGGGCAAACGGGAGGGGACCUUGCAAGAUACGUCACAGAGUUGCUGAUAUGUGUUUGAACUUUCUUAUUUUUAAUUGUUUUUUGCUCAAACUUUUGCUGACUUGUUUCACUAAUUUUUCUGUUUCUAUAAAAAACAACUUAAUAUCAGGGUGGACUUCCCCUCCAAUGCUAUCACACUCCUGCUUUUCCUUUCACAUGAUAUUCAGAUGACUACGUUCAGUAAUCAGUAUCAUCAGUCACUGAUGACAUACAUGUACAUGUAAGAUAUACGUGUCUAUCAUUGACGUCAUAAUUUAGGUACUCAAUGUCUCCAUGAGUAAUGGACAGAGACCUGUAGUGUGCAUGCCUCGUCAAUUUAGUUUUGCAGUAUGGUGGUUAUCAUGAAACCUUGAAUGUGUAUGGUCGGUGUUACAUGCAUGAGCCUUUUUGUGCAAUAAGAAAACAAAAACACAGGCAUAAUUGUAUGUAUAAUAUCUCUGUGUAAAAGGUCCAAAGAUUUGUAAAAUUUUCAGGGAUUUGUAAAGGUUGUAAGAUUUCCAGGCCCUAUAGAUGCAUUAUUGCUGGCAACAUAUUAGAAGAAAAAAAAGAGAAAACAUCAGUUUCUGUUAAUCAAUUUCUGUUUCUGUUAAUCAAUUUCUGUCAGUCAUGUGUGGUAUUGGAUAUGUUAGCUACAUGUAGUUAAGUAUGAGUUCAAGCAAGGUUUGCUGAAAAUAAUAUCCAGUUGAUAUCGUGUAAAUUAUGAACAAUAGGAAUCAGAAGGUUACUUAUCAAACAUGUGGGCAAAAUGGGAUUUAAUUAAGAAAAAAGAUUUCAUAAGGUUUCACACUUUACAGAUACUAUGUCCCUUUUGCAGCCAACAUCAAAUUCUGUAGAACUUUGCAGGAAUUAUGAAUAUGUCAUGUUAUAUAUGUCCUAUCUGUAAAAUUUAAACGUUAGCAGUGUCCUAAUAUUCAAAUUAUGCAGGGAAACCCGUUUACUUGCUAGACGGCACUGUUAGACACUGUUAAAUGACUGACUGGCUUUUUUUCUUCUUUGGUAAUAACAUACAUAAGAUGAGCUGGAAAGGGUACAUCAUGACACUUCCUCUCUCCACUUCUUCUUGUCUCGAGCAUUCUCCUCAUUUAGAUAAAUCUAACCAUUUUACAUAUGACACUUGAAUAUUUAAUUAGUUUAAAGAUGAACUUAAGUUCUGG